GCUGUCACUUUCUAAGUCACAGUGUAAUGAUUCGAUAAUGAGGUGAACGUAGUAAAAUUUGUGAUUAUCUCCUUGAAUAACGGUAAACAUUGCAAUACAAUCUGACUUUUUUCAGUACAUUAACAAAAAAUAAUGACACUCUGUACGUAUUAAUAUCUUCCUGACAUGAGUUUAGUGUCAAACGCAAAUCUGUUGUCGCAUUCAGACCAACAAAUUCAAUCAAAGUUAUUACGUUAUUACCAAUGACAUACAAUCCAUCGAUUUGGAGUGGGUUUCAAUCAUUUGACUGGGCAUCAAAUGGAAUGACCCCGUCGUGUAUGUAAACUCAGCAAGUGAGAAGGGUACGAUCCAGCACCCCUUAUGCACCCCUGGGCGUCACCCCGCAUGCUCGCGUGUUGAAAGGGGAAAUGAAACGUGAAACUUUAGAACAGUAUUGUGAUAUUCGAUGCGGUAUAUUUGAAUUCCUCGACUCGUCACAAUGGCAGACAAUACCAAGAUUCGAUGAGGUGUUGAAUAGCGUUCAUUCAUCAAUGCAGGCAAUGCGCUCAAGCAUGUGUAUGAAAUAUAUAUAUAUAUAUGGUUGGCAGAUAUAAGGCGUUAUGAUAAAUCGUUCUCAUCGAUGAUGGAGUAUGUUGCUUCCGUGGUAUUGACAAGUUUAUUGAGAUGAGCGUUAUGGAGGAUGAACAGGAAGUUGAUAUCUCAUUUCCGGAUUACGGUUUUUACUCCGUUCAAGAUGAGGUUAGCCGGAGAUACAGCCGCACGGGGAAACACAAGAUACUCGCCCAGAAAUACGACGCUAGUCUUAUGAAGUACAGGUACAGCGAUGAGACAGAAAAGAGCUCCCCUUACGACAAAGCCCGAUCUGAUUCAGAGAGCCCAUCCCCUUCGGAUUCGGCCGGUAGUUACCAGGGUGUCUACUCGCCGCAAUUGGCGCAGAGGAAUGAAGAAGUCAGAGACACUCUGUGGAACUCCUCCAGGAAGCCCCGAAGAUCCUUCAUCGAGGACGAGUCCACGAGUACAUGGAUCUCACCCGGUGUGCAUCCAGGGGUCACUGAUCCUUUCGAGAAGGAUCACCGACAUCCUGUCGCCGAACUGAAAACCAGUGAUCAACAAUUUGUCUUUGAAAACGCCUAUCAAAGCAACAGUUGGCUCGAGGAUGACCAUCACAUCCUGGACAAAACUGGAACUUCAGAUGAAGAGGUCCGCAACGAGUGUACUGACGAAGACCCACGCGUUGAGGAAUCAUAUCGGGAACCGCCACCGCCAUACUCUGUAGCUGUUCGUUCUUCGAAGGUUCCAAGUUCCUACCGGGAUAUUGCUCCUCGACUCUCGGAAGAUCUCCACGAAUUACCUGAUACUGGCGACCUGAUGGAAGAUCUAGAAGGCUCAGAACAGGAUCAGGAGUUGACAUAUCAUAAUAGUGACCUUGAAGAACCUGUCAGACCGCAAGUUGACAUCAGCAACCAAGCUGAUGUAUCUGUUUGGGCAGAACUUGUACAAAUUGACGAAUCUGAAGAUGAGAAUCCAGCGCUUCACAACAGCAGCGGAAUCAUCACGGAGAGCAAGGAAAGGCGAACGAGCUCCCCCGAUAGGCACAUCCGGUUCGUCCUUGAGGCGAAACGAGCCAAAAGUGAUCCUGAAGAUAUUACGAAAACUGCUGUUGGUAUCAAUUGGAUGGGUUCUGAGGAUGUACAGUAUAGCAAUCGCUAUGAGACGGGCGGGGUCGGGGCUUAUGAAGAACAUCAAGGAGGCAAGACCGGCUUGACCCCACUUGUGGAUGAAGUGUUCAGCUACCCAAGCACCUCUGACAAUGCAGCACCAACUGGUGAUACCGGAAUCUAUGGACUUGACAACCCUAGCUAUGCCUAUGACGUUGAAGAAUCGUAUAGAAAUAGUACAUCGAUAGAUCACCGGAGACAUACAACUCAGCCACUCCGUUCGGACAUGGUUCACCGACAAGCUAUAGACUGGUAUGGGAAGGGACCCGUCUAUGAUAGCUCACAGUCAUCAACACUUGAUAGCGUAUUCACCGAACGCAGUUGGUCCUCAGAGGUAGGAAGACCAAGGGCGUUUCGUCAGAAGCGACGGGUUUACCCGAAACCUCGAGAUCCAGUCGGAGACCUUGGUGAUGGGUUGAAAUCAAAAUCAGGUAGACGUGCGAAAGACAAGGAUAUUAACCGCUUGCAUCAAAGCAGAUCAUUUAAUUCACCAAUGACAGGCUCUCGAGGCAGGGGGCACAGAGCUUCAAAGGUGUCAGAAGAUGACCUUCGCAGGUCUAUUGUCAAACGGGAGCUGGAACUUUUUAUGCAACGAAAAACGGGAAAAGAUGGACAUCCAAACAGCAGGCGGGUGGGGUCCCGAGAGAAGGCAGAGCCAACUGCUGCAAGUAAACACAAUAAAAGUGUUACUGAACCAACUUUGUUAAAACUUUAUGAUCCACAGCACCGAACACACAGACAUGACAAAGCAGGAAAUCACCUUCCAACUCAGCAGGCGAAGGCGGAUCCGCGAUGGGUCGGACCUAAUUCAAGAACGUUUUCAGACGAUGACAUCCGUAAAACUGUUCCUCUCAGAAAUUCUGGCAUCGGUGGAAAGAAAGAUCGUCCCUUGACAUACCCGAACGACGUGAACAGACCGUUCUCGCAACUCAUUUCUCGGGAAGAUAACUUUGACAUUCUCAAUGACCUCAAUAGAAUUAACAAAGACAGACAACCUCUGCAAAGUCAGCGACAUACUCGGGUGCCAAAACAACCUCUUUCGUCAAACGAUCGUCACCAUUCCGACAGAGGCGACAUUGUAAGGAGACAUGAUAGAGGACAUCACCCAACUGAGCUAAGGAAACCACGUGACGCAACAGGAAAUAUGUCACAACUUCCUCCGAAACCACAGCGCCAAAUAACUCGAGGCGAUUCACAAGCAACUGGUCAUAUUCAUCCAGUGGGAAAGCCUCAAUUAAAGUCAUAUCAAACUCGUGAAAGACAUUUACCACCGAGUGGCCGAACAAGGGACGGCAGCGGAAGAACUUCGGGAAUGCCAGCAACUUCGGAAUUUUCAGCAAGAGCCGUGCAUCCAGAGCCCAUACCUGGCAAUAAACCGGCAAAUGAACCAGCAAGGACUGACCUCGAGAGAGCUAACCCGACCAAUGAGGCUGUUCCAGAAGUAUCACGCCCAGAAGCAAGCCGGGCAGAUAGUAACAACAACCAACCUGGCCAGAAGUCCGAUUCGGGUUUUUCAAAUUAUCGUUUCCUCUCCGUAAUGGCCGCGUUGUGGUUCUUCCCAAUCGGGAUAUGGGCUCUCAGGAAAUCACAUCAGGUUGACUCCCGUGUGAAGGCCAACGAUUUACCUGGUGCGAGAAGAGCAUCCAAAUCAGCGAGAAACCAUGCAAUUGCAGCUUUCGUCGUCCUGGGUUUCAUCAUGCUCAUCCUGAUUGCCCGGUUGAUAGAAAUUACUAUUGACCCUCGGAAAACAUUCAUUCAAUAUUACAAAAUAGUGCCUGAUGAAGUUGACAGCAUAUGAUACUAAUACCUUGGUCACAUUUGCUCUACGGCGGCGGCACGGCGAGUCGAAAACAGUCGUUUUUUUAAUUUUAA